AUGGUCAUCAGGAAAUGUAAGAAAGUUUUCGCAAGAUUUGGAAUUCCAGAAAUAGUAAGAACUGAUCCAGGUACGCAAUUUUCGGCCGAAUUCAAACAAUUUGCUAGAGACUUCGACUUCAAACAUAUAACAAGUUCACCUAAAUAUUCACAAAGUAACGGCGAAGUCGAAUCAGCAGUAAAAGUUGCUAAAAUGAUUCUAAAAAAAUGUACAGACGUUAGCAAAGGGUUAUUAUCAUAUAGAUCGACGCCUCUACAUUGUGGUUAUUCCCCUGCUGAGUUAAUGUUUUCAAGGAAAAUUCGAUCACUUGUGUCUAUGUUACCAGCUAAAUUAGGGACAUUUAUAAAACAUAAAAAGCUCACAAAAUUUGAAAAAGCAAAUAAAGACAAGCAGGAGAAUAAUUACAACAAAAGACAUCGCGUAAAGAAAUUGUCACAAUUAGCAAUAGGAGCUAAAGUAUGGAUUACAGAUAAGCAAGUUUAUGGAAAAGUAGAUGAGAUAGAUGAGAAUCCGAAUUCAUAUAUAAUUAAAACAGAAAAUGGUAGAAUACUACGUAGAAAUCGAUGGCAUCUAAUAUACGCUCCAUAUAAAGAUACAGAAGACUUUGACGCGACAAUAGUAGUAGAUGACGAGGGACCAGUUUACGUAGAAGAAGAGAGAGAAGUGGCGAAUGAUGAGAAUGAUGAGCAGACAGAAGUAGAACAGGUAGAAAACGCGGAACAAAAUGUAAUCGAAGCGGAACAUAAUGUAAACGAUCAGGGCGAAGCGAAUGGUGUAGUUCCAGAGCAGGAACCACCCAGAAACCAGGGAUCAAAGCGAGAAAUUAAACCGAAUACGAAAUAUAAAGAUUUUGUAUGGCGCCAAAGUUCUGUAAGAAAAAAAAAUAAGUAA